AAAGUGAGACGAAUCUUCGUGUUGCAAAACAACAAUUACAAAUAUUACAACGGGAAAAAAUGGAUUUAGUGGAUCAGAUUAAACGAUUGAGAUCACAAUUAGAUGAGACUACAGCACAAUAUGAAAAUGCAAAAUCAUCUGUGCAAGAAGAAAAGAAAGUUAUAGAAACUGUUUUGGAAGAAGAAAGAAAGGCUAAAGAGAAUGCGGAGAAAGCAAGAAGACAAUUAGAAAAUCGUAUGGAAGAGCUUAUGGCAAAGAGAAGCAAGUUCAUGUGUUUCUAA